AAAUUCAUAGCUGAAUAUUCUGAAUUGUAGUUGGAGACCAGUGAAUCUUUGAAAGGUAGUUGGGAAGUUGGGAUGGGAUUGGGUAUUGUCAAGUGGUUUGUGGGUGUCCUUAUUCUGUUGUUAUGCUUUCUAGAUUUCAGUAAGGUUGUAGAGGCAGGUAGAGUCCAUUUUGAUAGAAAAAUUCAGUUGCCUUCAGAGAGUGAAGACGAAUCUGCUGGGACUAAAUGGGCUGUUCUUGUUGCUGGCUCUGCUGGAUUUUCGAACUACAGACAUCAGGCUGAUGUUUGCCAUGCAUACCAAAUUCUUAGAAAAGGGGGUCUAAAAGAGGAGAAUAUUGUUGUGUUCAUGUACGAUGACAUAGCAAAUAAUUUUAUCAAUCCUCGACCAGGGAUAAUCAUCAACCAUCCUGAAGGUCAAGAUGUGUAUGCAGGUGUUCCUAAGGACUACACAGGAAGGGAUGUGAACGUAGAAAACUUGUUUGCUGUUAUCCUUGGAGACAAGGACUCCGUAAAAGGUGGAAGUGGGAAGGUCAUUAAUAGUGGCCCAAAUGACCAUAUCUUCAUUUUCUACAGUGACCACGGAGGACCGGGGGUUCUUGGAAUGCCUUCGGGUCCUUAUCUUUUUGCAGUAGAUUUUGUAGAUGUCUUGAAAAAGAAGCAUGCCGGUAGCUCAUACAAAAAAAUGGUAAUUUACAUUGAAGCAUGUGAAAGUGGAAGCAUGGUUGAAGGUUUACUCCCAGAGGGAAUGAACAUAUAUGUCACAACAGCAUCAAAUUCAAUAGAAAGUAGUUGGGGCACAUACUGUCCUGGAAUGGACCCCUCUCCUCCCUCUGGAUACUACACCUGCCUUGGAGAUUUGUACAGUGUAGCUUGGAUGGAAGACAGCGAAGUGCACAAUAUGUUGGACGAAACAUUAAAUCGUCAGUAUCUAUUGGUGAAAGAAAGGACAUCAAACCACCAUACAUAUGAAGAGGGCUCUCAUGUGAUGCAAUAUGGUGACAUACCUCUUAGCAAGGAACCUUUGUCCCUAUACAUGGGCUUUGACCCUUCCAAUGCUAAUGCUACCUUAGAGAACAAUUUAGCACAUCUGAAAGAUAAAGAUACCACAGCUAUAAAUCAGAGGGAUGCAGAUCUUCUUUACAUGUGGCAAAAGUAUAAAAGUUCCAAGGAUGGUACCUUUGAAAAGUUGGAGGCUGCAAAAGAAUUGGUUGAGACCAUGUCACAUCGCAUGCAUUUGGACAAGAGCAUAAAACUUAUUAGUAACCUCUUGUUCGGAUCAGAUAUGGGUCCUUCCAUACUGAAUUUUGUACGACCACAUGGGCAUUCUUUGGUUGAUGAUUGGGACUGCCUUAAAACAAUGGUACGCACUUUUGAAUCCCACUGUGGGUCACUUUCCCAGUAUGGAAUGAAACACAUGCGUGCUCUAGCAAAUAUCUGUAAUAAAGGUGUCAGUACAGAUACCAUGGAUGAAGUUUCUGCUGAGGCAUGCACUCAAAUCCCACCUGGGAAGUUGAGUUCGCUCGAAGGUGGCUACAGUGCUUGAUUACUUCAUAUGCAUUGGUUAAUUUCUACAAGCAUGUAUUUUAAAAGGAAAAAUGAGAAUUCCUGGAUAGAUUGUGAUGUACAUAUGUAAAUAUUAUGAUAUCAUAUUAUCCUAUCAGCGACUAAACUGAAAUUAAAGCACAUUGCUGGGGAGUAUUCGCAUAUAUUACAUAAAAUCAACUUACUAGCCUUGAUAAUAUUCAACCAUAUUAGUUCCUGUCAUGCCAACAUGGCAAGGAAACCAAAUUAUUGUUGUAGCUGUUUUGUAUGUCUUCUCAUAAUCUCCAUUUGUAUCAAAAUUCAUUCUAUUGUCUCAGAUUUGUUAUGAUGCCUCAGAACAGGGCAAUACUACAACUUGCUCAGAUGUAUUGAAAAAUGUUUGAUUAUUUGAAAUGAGGAUCUUGUUAUAAUA